AUGGGAAACAGUAAGAUUAUAAAAUAAUACAGAUUUAUGUGGAUUGGAGGAAGAGAAGAAACAUGUUUUACAUCCAGAAUCCAAAAUAAUCACAACUAGAACAAUCAAAUAAACUACAAUCUCAAUUAUUCAGGCUGAUAUAGCUGAAGAUUUGUCAGAUGUUAUUGGUACAAAUUGCAAUUGAUUUUAGUGAAUGCUUCUCAUGAACCAGCAUGGUCUUAUUUAGCAAAAAGGUAUUCUUUUAAAUAUUACAUUUUACAGAGAUAAGAACAACAAAGUUAAUGACCUCAUACAAUAAAGUAUAUAUUAAUAACCUAUAAAAACAAUUAGUGAAAAUAGGAGAAAUGAUUAAAACUAAAAGUGAAAAUGUUAAUUCUCUAGAAAUAUAUCAUGUACGUUUACCAUAUUAUUAAGUAAUAUUAAAUAUUUAUUAAUUAAGGAUACUAGAGAUCUAUAAUUAAUAUUUUAGAGUUAUUAAGCAUGUUUAAAAUAAAAGGGAUUCAAUUCCAUUUCAUUUACUGAAUAGAACUCUCCAAAUUUUGUAAUUCCAAAAUAAUUUCAUGCUGAAGUUCUUAUUAGAGCAAUCUUAUAGUUUAAUAAAAUUAUUUAUAUCUUAGAUCUAUAACAGAUGAUGAAAUUGCUUUUGAAUAAAUUAAAUUUGUUAGUUUAGAUUAAAUUACUUUGAAAUACUUUGCAUAUGAAUUAAUGAAAUUAUUAGAUGAAUACAGAAUACCAGAUUUAUAUAAAUUUAGGUAACAAUAAUUUCUCGAUUACUUAUGUAAUAAUUAUAUAUUACAUUUUAGAAAAUACUGAAGAAUUAAAGCAGGAAGUAUACUUAUUCAGUACUGGUAUUACUACUGAAUUAGAAUAGGUUGAUAGAUAAUAAUGA